UCAAUUUCUUGUUGUUUUUAAAAUGGUAAAUUUUUAUUUUUUUAUGUGUACACAAGAAUAAAAAAUUGAGCUUGAGUCAGUUGAGAUUUGUCCUCAGAAAUUUCAUAACUUAGGCACAAAUUGGUCAAUUAUGCUCGAUUGGUCACUACGGUUCUGGUACAUCUUAAAUGUACCCCAGGUAAUCUUAUGCAGGGGUAUCACUAGGGCUCGAUUGGUCAUUGUCGACUCCUAGUUCUUCUUGAAUUCUCUGAGUAUCGUGUAAGUACCUAUUAUCGAACAGAACCUGAUAUCGGACGGUUUGUUUUGGUUCUAUAUGCGCAUGCGCAAAAGUGCGCAUGACGUCACAUCCAUAAACAAAUGGUCAUUUAUGAAGUCCGUGACCUACUUGUCCACUAAGCUUGCAACAAAUGCGCCGAAAACAGUCUAAACCUAAGAAGAUAAUUAAACACAGAGGUCUUUACUCACCAACAGCUCUUCACAAUGCAUACCUAAAAGUAAAAGGGGUUAUUGACCCUGAAUGCCUCAAACCCGGACCAGCUCCAAUCUUCUCUCAGGAAGAAGAGGUCAAACUAGUUGACCAUGUCAAGACAAUGGCUGCCCUUGGGUAUGGUUAUACCAUCAGUGAAGUUGUAGCAAGUGCUACUAACUAUGUUGUGUUCCUUGGUAAGAGGCCAAAUGAUAAACCUUUGUCUGUGAAAUGGUUUAAGGGUUUCCAGCAGCGAUGGCCUGAGUUGCGAGUUGUUCGUCCGAGGGCAUUGUCCAACUACAGAGCUGAAGCCACAUCAGAGGCCAAUGUUCAUGAAUAUUUCAACAAUUUGAUGAGCAUUGUUGAAAAACAUGACCUCCACAACAAACCUGAGUGUGUCAUAACAUUCUUGAAUUUACAUCUGGCAAAGAAAUAACAGAUCCAUUAAUUGAACAGAAACUAAGGGAAAGAGCUGAAACAGCAAAUGAACAGAAAAACAAGCAACAAACUGAACAAGCCAACAAACAUUCGAAGCUUAUGCCCACAAAAGAAACAGUUUCACAAACAAGGAACAAACAACUGAAAAAAAAACAAUCAACAAAACAACACACUUACCCAGAGCCUGGACCCUCCCAUCUGAACACUGAUGUUGAAUCGUCUGAAGAUGAAGAUGAUGAUGAAACUUGCUGUGUAUGCAGCCGCUUUCAGCCAAAAGAACUUGCUAACUGCGUAUCAUUGAUAUUUGUGAAGUGGGCCAAGUGUGACUUUGAUAACUGUAGCCACUGGGUGCACUUGCAGUUUUGCACAGCCACAAAUGUUGUCAGGAGAAAUGACCCGUUCUAUUGUCCUUGCCACAAUAUUGCAGAGGAAUAGACUUGUUUUUUGUGUUCAAUGCUACAUGCUUUUCUAAUUUUGUUAAUUUUCAUGUUUCAAUAAAAAAAUAUUCAGUUU